CCAGCAGAGAGAGAGAGAGAGAGGUUGCUUCUUCUUCUUCUUAUUCUUCUUCACCAACCAGCACCACACCGGCACGGGCACCCGCCAAGCAUAUUUGUUGUUUGUUUGGUGAGUACACCGAAUAAACCCGCCGGUCAAGCAUUCCGGCAACUCCCGCGCGCCUCUUCCGACCCAUCUUUUCUCAUCUCAACCCGAUUUCUCCUUUUGGAGGGAUAGCCAGAAGCGCGAUUCAUUAUUCAAUCCGUCCACUCUGCACAUUGAAAACCUACUUGAUGUGAAGAUGAUGCUGUCCAAACCUGAAUCACGCAAGAGCAACGGUGGCCAAAUGAGUCAGGGCCAGUUGUUGCAUGAUAUUGAAGAAAUAAGCAGAGCUCUUUAUCUACAUAAAACCCCUCGUAAAACUUUAAUUGCACCAUCUAAUCACCAAUCCAAGUUAAGCUUUGCUAAUCAGCAAGUGUCACAGAAGGAAGAGAAAUCAUCAAUAUGGAAUUGGAAGCCCCUAAAGGCUCUGUCCCACAUCUGGAACCGUAGGUUCUCUUGUUGUUUCUUCCUCCAUGUACAUUCCAUUGAAGGCAUCCCGGCAAAUUUCAAUGAUAUUAGUUUACGUGUUCAUUGGAAAAGGAAGGAUGAGGUGCUAAGAACCUUGCCUGCUCGGGUUGAUCACGGUGUGGCUGAAUUUGAGGAGACUUUGAUGCAUAGGUGUUUUGUGCACGGGAGAAGAAUUGUGCGCGAUAAUUCAGCAAAAUAUGAUCCAAAGCUCUUUGUGCUUUAUGCCACUGUGGUUGGUGCUUCUGGGCUUGAUUUAGGGAAGCAUUGGAUUGAUCUUACAAGGCUGCUUCCACUUACUUUCGAGGAGAUGGAGAGGGAGGGGAGAUCUGGGAAGUGGACAACCAGCUUUAAGCUCACAGGAAGAGCUGAAGGAGCCGUGCUGAAUGUUAGCUUCGGGUUUUCAGUGAUGGCGGAUAAUAUGUUGGAAUCGGGUGGCAGUAGGAUUAUUCCUAAGCUUCUGAAGGAGGGUACGCCGAGGAUAAAGGAUGGUGUACCAGAUGUUGGCCAAGGCAGUGGCAGUGGCAGGCUACGAAGAGUUGGAAGUGUUCCAAAUGGGUUAAACCGAAGUUUCCACCGUGCAUCACCAUCUUUAGACAUGGAAAUGCUCAACAAAACAUUUCAGGGUGAAGAAGGUACGAAGCUAGGACCUUCAAUAGCUUUUCUCUAUCAGAAACUAGAUGUGGCAAGAUCAGGCACUACACAAGGGUUUAAUAUCUUUUGUGAACCAGGGGAUCUGCUUAAACAGUAUUUUACCCAGCCCUCAGAUGACAAUGUUGGAAAGGAGAGUGUUAAUUCUGAGGCAAGUUUAGUUGAGCCGCCGGAGAUGGAACUGCCCACAAAGGAGAAGUUGAACUGCCCACAAACAGAGACCAGUACGAUUGAAAUCAUCGAUGUGUCUGAACUCUUCAAGGAUGAUGAGACAGCUUUCUAUGAGGAAAUGGCAUGUAAUUCAACAGACCAAGUGUGCCAUAAUUUGCAAGAUCCUCCUAAAGAAGACAUCACAUAUGAAGGAGAUGGUGUUUGCGCCGAAUUCCAAGAAUCAGCAGUGGAAGAGCUCGACCCCUUUUCACAUUAUCUGUCGAUUUCAGAAGCAGGAGACGAACCAAGAUUAUCGUCGUCAUCAGACGUAACCGAGCUUACAAAGCCUCGAUCAGCCUACACAGCGGGGAAGCUGGUAAGGUCAAUUAGUUUAGAUGAUGUCAGUGAGUCCAUUGCUGAUGAUUUCUUAAAGAAGUUGGGGUUGGAGCAGAAUGGCACUGAAAGCGAGCCUGAUUCUCCCAGAGAGCUCCUUUUGAGACAGUUCGAAGAGGAGUCCUUGGGUUCAGGGAGCUUGGCUCUUCUUAACUUGGAAGAGGAAGAGAGUGUGGAAUUUGGCGAUGCCUCCGAUGAUAUAGAUGAGAGGACGAGGACGAUGAUUCAGCCCCUGAGAGGCAGAAGAAAGGCUAAUCUUCUGGACUUGUUGGAGACUCACGAAGUUGGCAUGAGAGAAGAGGGUGUGAAUGAGAGGGCUUUCUGGGUUUCGCCUGUCGCUGGCUCCGGCGGAUUUGGGAGUCCUAUUUAUCUUACCCCGGAAGAGCCAUCGAAAUUGUCAUCUAGCUAGGUAGGGUUCAGGGUUUUCAAAAUGAGCCAAGUAAUCAAUAAUGGCAAUGGGUUUGGUUGUUCAAGCUCGGAUUGAGGAUUGCUUGCUUGUGUAAAAAUGAAUUGACAUGUACGAGGAAAUGAGCCAAGUAAUCAAUAAUGGCAAUGGGUUUGGUUGUUCAAGCUCGGAUUGAGGAUUGCUUGCUUGUGUAAAAAUGAAUUGACAUGUACGAGGAAAUUAUUAACUAGUUUCACAGGUGUGUGUGUAUAUAUAUAUAUAUAUAUAUAUAUAUA